GUCUUCUUGGGCUAUUAGCUUCAAGACCGAUCUGCAUAGGGUGCUCAAUGUUGGCCAGUGGAUAUCUCCCGUAGUAAGGGUGCCUAAGCUCAAUAGGCUAUCGGGACCCUGUGCCGCACGUGACCCCGCCAAGCUAUCAGCCAGCGACCGCGUUGAUCGCCGCCGCCAUUGGAGCCGCAUCGCAUCAACACCAAGCUCACUCAACCCCCGCACGACCCGUAUCUGCACGCCCUGAAAUAUUUUCCACCAUCGUCACCAUGUCUGGAGCCGCGCAAGGUUCCGCCGCCACCACCAAGGCCGUCACCGAUGACAAGUCGAAGAACGGCGAGCCCGCUGCCGAGAAGAAGCCCGCCGCACAGCUGGAGGAGGACGACGAGUUCGAGGACUUCCCUGCCGAAGACUGGACGGAGGAGGACACGCAGAUCCCCGGAGGAAACACACAUCUCUGGGAGGAGAGCUGGGACGAUGAUGACACGAGCGAUGAGUUUGCGGUGCAGCUGAGGGAAGAACUCAAGAAACUGGGGCAGACGAAAUGAGGGACAGAACCAGCGCGGACGUCACUAGGCAGCUUCGAGGCUGGGGC